GAGAGGCCAGGGCCCCAGGCGUCCGGUUUCCUGCCCACGCCAGUCCAACUUCCGCGUGUCUGGAGGGCAGGGGCUUGCGGGGCAUCUGCUCCCGAGUCCUCUCCGGGAAGCCGCCGCUGCUGGGAAGAGGGAGCCGCGCGCCCCGCCCCCGAGGCUCCGCCCCGUCCCAUCCCAGCUUUACCGGCCAGAGGUCCCGGGGCCUCGGAGGCGGCCGGCCGGGGCUGGGCCGCGCGAUGUCGCAUGGAUCGGGGCUCGUCCGGACCACGUGCAGCAGCGGCGGCGCGCCGGGGCCAGGCCAGCCCUCGGAGGGACUGCUGGACCGGCUGUACCCGCUCACCCAGGGCGCCCUGCUCAAAGUGGCGCAGAUGGUCACCCUGCUGAUUGCCUUCAUCUGUGUGCGAAGCUCCUUUCCGAUCGACUAUGGCGCCCACAGCUUCUUCGAAGUCGUCACCAUGUGCGACCUGAUUAUGAUCCUCAUCUUUUACCUGGUCCACCUCUUCCGCUUCUACCGUGUGCUCACCUGCAUCAGCUGGCCCCUGUCGGAACUUCUGCACUAUUUAAUCGGCACACUGCUUCUCCUCAUCGCCUCCAUAGUGAUAGCCACCAAGAGUUACAACCAGAGUGUCCUGGUAGCCGGAGCGAUCUUUGGGUUCCUGGCCAGCUUCCUCUGCCUGGCGAGCUUGUGGCUGUCUUACAAGAUCACCUGCAUAAUGCAGUCAUCAGAUGCAUCUGCUUGAUGAGGCCACAGCCUCUGGUCCCCUCCAAAGGAGCCGCAGGAUGUAGGUUCGCCCCAGCAGGACCCUGGGCAUGGCUGUGGACUGUUCAGGUGACCAGGCCUGUGCCUUUCCUGCUUUGCCAAGACCCUGGGCUCCUGGGCAUCAAGCAUCUACACCUCCUUCCACCGUCUGCUGCAGAGGGCAUUCCUCCAUUCUGGGAUUUUAGCACCACUCAGGUACCAAGGACUGCGCUGAGCACAGUGGAGAGACUUCUGGAUCCGCGGCAUAGACACGCCUUUCUUCACACCCUCAAGACCGAGACCACCUAAAGUCCUCACAGAGGCCGCAGACCCUAAUUUAUCUGGCCUGUCAAUCUGGCCUUGGAGAGUCUCUAUUCUAAGUGAGGAGCCAGAAGAGACAUUAUGUGGUCAUCCUGUCUCUCCUGCCCCUAUCUCUGCCUUUGUCACUGGGGGAGGGGAAGGGGGGCUGGAGGUUGCAUGGUUUUUAAUAAAAUGUCAAUUACAGCA